AUGGGUUUUCAGAGCCAAGAUCAUCCUGAAUAUGUGUAUUCCAGGUUAUUUGUCAAAGUCAAUGAUGGAAAGCUAGCUAUCGUGCUAGUAUACGUAGAUGAUUUAAUGAUAAUCGGUGAUGAUGAGGCAGAAAUUAUUAGGAGGAAGGAAAAUUUAUCAGUUCGUUUCCAGAUGAAGGAACUUGGACAUCUCAAGCACUUCCUUGGUUUAGAGGUUGAUCGCACACAAGAAGGAAUAAUUCUUUGUCAGCAAAAAUAUUCCAAAGAUUUGUUGAAGAGGUUCGGAAUGCUUGAAUGCAAGCCGAUUUCGACGAUGAUGGAACCAAAUGCCAAAAUGUGUGCGCAUGAAGGAAAAGAUUUGAAAGAUGCAACAAUGUAUCAAAAAUUGGUAGGCAGUCUGAUCUACUUAACCUUGACUCGACCUGACAUUUCUUAUGCAGUUAGUGUGAUGAGUCGGUACAUGCAAAAUCCAAAGAAGCAUCAUUUGGAAGCAGUUCGGCGUAUGCUGAGAUAUGUAAAGAGUACAAUUGAUUAUGGUCUUUUGUAA